UCGUCACCCAAGAUCUGUGGCAGAAGAGGCCCGGAACAACAAAACGCUUGUUGUGGUGGCUUAGUCUCGUCGAAAAGGAAUUCGGUGUUGAUGUCGCGUGGGCAUGUCGCCUUCAGCUCAGGCGCUGGAGAAAGAGGCUUGUCCAGCAAUGGCUGGGCAAGAACUUCAUUAGGCGCGAUUGAGCAGGACCAAGGAUGCUAGAGAGAGCAGGGGCAUUGCGGCUUGGGUCCCAUAACGAUAUGGGUGGUAUACACUUCAUACGUUGUGGAUGCGCUGCCAGAGGCAUAUGUCAUUUGAUUGCUCUAGACACAUAUCAUGGAAUGCUCGUGCUAUCACCCAGUUUCCGAAAACCUCGAGGAAUGCUGUAUUCGAGGGCGGUAUUGUUAGCGGAUUGGAGGCUCUCGGAGGCGCUGCAGUCAAGAAUCGCCAAUACUUGCUGCUACUCAUCUCAGCUGGCGCGUUGUGGGCCUGGUUGGUCAUCGUCACACAGAGAGGCGUUUCGCGUUUCACGGCAGGCGGGGUUGGUUGUCAGAUGCUUCCGACGGCCCUAUUUCGAGGCCCCGCCGUUUAUCUCGCCGAGCGCGUUCUCCUUGGGAGAGUCUCCUGACGCAGGUCUCAGUCACUAUGCGUGCUAUCGGAUGAGGGGUGGAAGGACGGGCGAGUGUGCUGAUCGGAGGGGCCGGAGGGGGGUCACGGAAGCCGGAACGCUGUUCCUGUUCCAGCCUUCUAUCCUUCUAUUGGGCCUCGCCCCUUGCUUGUGGCAUCGUGGAUGUCUUGGAAUAGUAUGGAGCGGCAAACUGCCUCCCCGGUGGAGAGGUAAACGAAGCCGUGAAGGCCGGGGGCCCGGACAGAGGUGGGCAGCGGUCGUUUCAUUCUCAGUCAACACAUACAUGCGCGCACUCGAUCUCCCCGAUGGACCUAAUCUCGAUGCUGCAGCAACCCUCUGACCCGAUAAAUCGAUCAAUGUCUGAUGUGACGACAUGAUGUGUGCGCGCGACAAACCAAUCAGGUAGCGCGCAUCCUGAAUCCUCCCCCGUCUGUUGCGUGCAUGGGAGGCGAGAAAGUGGGCUGUGGUCCCGCAGGGAGACUGGUGACUCCUUGUCUCAGAAGUCCAGCUUCUCGUCGCGUGUUCGGCUACUGUACGGAAUAGACACUGCAGAAUUUAUUAACGGUCCGAUCCUGCGAAUAAUCCCGCGGCGCCCACCACCGGCAAUGGAUACCUUACCCGGUUCCCCAGCCCCCGCACAAGGUGGGGUAACGAGUUUCGAUCACGAUGGGA